CCCGCCCCGCCGCGGCCGUCGCCCGGGCAGCAGCGCCGCGGCCAUGGCGGCGGCCGGCGGCAGCGACACGGACGCGGAGAGCGGCGACGAGAAGGAGCCGGAAGGCCCCCCGGCAGAGAGCUGGUACCUGGCCGCUUGCCGGCGGUACGGCGCGACCCCCAUCUCCAGCGUCCUGCGCCACACGCGCGGCCCGGAGCUCGCCCUGAGGCACCGCGGCCUGGGCCCGCAGGGUGCCAAAGCCUUAGCUCUUUCCUUGAUGGUGAAUACUUCUAUCAUCAAGUUAAACCUGAGUGAUAACUGGCUUCAGGGAGAAGGAGCAGCUGCAAUUGCAGAGAUGCUAAAAGAAAACUGCUACAUUUCAGCUGUUGAUUUAUCUGACAACAAAUUAGGAGCUGAAGGAGCCAAGGCCUUUUCUGCUAUGCUUCUAGAAAAUACUACAAUUGUGUCCCUUCAGCUCUCAGGAAAUGAAUUUGAUGACCAUGCAGCUAAGUACUUAGCAGAUGCCCUCAUAGCAAACAGUAAAGUGGAAAUUCUGGAUCUGAGUUAUAACAUGCUUGGUGACAAGGCAGGUGAAGUUCUUGGAAUGGCAAUAGCAGAAAACAUUGGAUUAAAGGAACUUAAAAUCAGCUGGAACCAUUUCUGUAGCCAAGGGGCAGCUGCUUUAGCCAAAGGCUUGGGGGCAAACAUAUACCUCAAAGUGCUGGAUGUCUCCUACAAUGGCUUUGACAACAGCGGGGCAGCUGCCUUGGGAGAAGCCCUUAAAACCAACAAUGUGCUGGAAGAGCUCAACAUAAGCAAUAAUCGCAUUUCAGUGGAGGGAGCUCUGCGCUUUGCACUAGGCCUGAAAGAAAACAAGACUCUGAAAAACCUUAACAUGACCAGAAAUCCCAUGCAGAGUGAAGGCUGCUUUGGAGUCCUCAAAGCUCUACAGGCAAAUUCUGACUCUAGCAUAGAGAUCCUGGACUUGCCAGACAUCCCUGUGAACAAAGAGCUUGCAGACCUGUGUGAUGCUGUGAAAAUACUUUCCCCAAAUCUUCUUAUCAGACAUGGCGGAAACAGAAUGCUGCAUAGAAAAAGUCAAUCAAAGCUUGAGCUUCAGGCUUAGCCAGAGUGGCAGCCAAUUCCCAGAAUGGAGUGGCUUAACAAGAAUCUCUUCAGGGCUGCUGCUUCUGUGUAUCUGCAUAACAUCCUACUACUGCUGACCAAGCCCUUGACAUGAGGACACCCUGGGGCAGUGCUUAGGGCAGGAUCUCUAGAAAUACUGGCUAUUUCAUCAUCGCUGUCACUUAUGAGUGUUUCUUUCUGUUCACUUUAAGAUUUCUGCAAUAACCAGCACUCAGUCUCUUUGGGGAGGUGCAAGAGCAUCCCUGUGGAUGAGAGGCCCACGUAACUGCCUCCUUUUUGAUCAUCAGCUUUGUGUGUGGGGACAUUUGUCUGGAAGGGCUGGGGCUGGGUGGAACACCAUGUGCAGCAGCUGCUACUGGUAGUUGAUGGUGCUUGAAUCCACAACCAACUACAGUAGGAUUGAUGCAGCUCGAGAUUGCACUUAUGUAAGAAGCAAAGACGUAUCCAGAGAUGUGCUGUGAACAUAUGCUUUCUGCCUUAGACUUGUUUUCUUAUUAGAUAGUCAGGAUUGCCUUUGCAGAGUUGGCUGUCACAUGGCACUGGUGACUCAUUUUUAGCUGCUUCCUACCAGAAUUCCUUAGCCUUACGUGGAGGCCAUGCUCUCCAUAAUGGAGCCCCUUCCCAAAAACAUGGUUGGUAUUCUUAUUUCCUGGAUGUGCACUUUUACUUUCUUCAAUGUCACAUUGGAUGGAUGCUACAGGCUGCCUGGAAAUGGGACAGGCUCUCAGUGGUAACUCAAUAUCCUUGGUAUGGGGCCAUGCUUCUUGGGGGGACUGAGAGAUUGUGAUCCCCCUCAAGGGAUACUUUGCGGGGCAGGAAGCUGCGGGAGGGAGAGAGGAGUCACAGCUGUGCAGCUGUGCUCUGAGCAGUGUAUCUUUACUCUUCCUCUCUUGGCAUCCACGUGAAGAGGUUGUUCUUGCAGCUGUUUCUGCCAGGCUGGGAGAGGAGCUGAGAAUGGUCAAACGAGACACUGGUGGUGUCUGGCUUGGGCUGGAGGCUCAAGCUGCUCUGUCCUGAAUCAGAGGGCAGCAAACCCCAGCAAUGUUGGAGUGCCACCUUAACAUAGUUGAGACUGUGAAGAAAUAAUUGUCUUUCAUAUCCUGAAGGUUUGCAGGGAUUUUCUUAACAUUUUAUAUGCAAACUCUGCUGGUAAAGUAUAUGCAACAAUUUUUUUUUUUUUAAUCUGUGGCUCAAACUAGACAAGCUUUGUCUGUCCCCUAGUGCGUCAAUGUGUACUGGGUUUGAUUUUCUCUUUAGCUAACACUGACUGGCAGGGGCUGGGGAGAUCCAGGCAGUGUUCUCCUGGAAACCAGUGAUGACAUCUCUCUGAGGAGGCAGCUCACUAAGGGAAGGACCAAAAUUCAAGACUGCUUCUGCCAGUCUCCUUCCAGGUGGUUGGUGCCCUGUACUUUGCUUUAUACUUUUUUCCUAGAGCACAACCAUUAUAAUCAUCCUCUUCGCUUUUGUGUUUCAUUUAGCUAAUGAAUGUGCCUACAAGUGGAAGUUCACUUAGCAUCAGUUCUCAGCAAAUGAUGAGGUUUAACUUCUUCAUCUGAAAAUAACUCUAUGCAAUCAUGAUUUGCCAAAUAGAAUCUGACCUAUAGUUGUGCAAAUUAUCUUACAUUUAUAUUUCUAAUAAAUAAUUUCUGUGCUUCAAACUCAUAUCCUUCUGUUCACACCAUUCUGAAAAGUUCCUUACAUGUUAUAUGUUCUGUAAAUACUGAUUAUAUCCAAGAUUUUCAAAACCAUCCUGACUCCCUCUCAAUCUCUAGGUGAAAAAUUCAUGCAUUAAACACAGAAGCUGUAACAGGUCUUGAUUUAAAUCGGUAUAAAUACUUCUAUUUUAAA